AAAAAGGUUAAUUUUUUGAUUUGUUUGUUGAAGUUUGGAUUCUUAUUGCUGGUUGCACAUUAAGUGUUUGAUUAGAUAGCUGAAAGAAGAGUGUGCACUAGCAUGUUUCUUGUUAGGUGUUCUGUAUGGGGUCUUUGUUUCAUGUUAGCUGUUAUAUCUGUUAGUUGAUUUGAUUCUGGCAAAGUCUGUUUGUAGAUUACAAUGUAGAAUUAGUUGAGACAAAAUUGGUCCACAUGUGAUCAGUGAAGUAAUCUUCUUUUGAUGUGUAAAUUAAGGAGGUUACUGCUUGUGAAGUUGCAAAUUGAUUCAUGGGAUAUGAGAGUUAUUUUAUAAUGACUUGAGGCAUAUAUAAUGACUAGGAAUAGUAAACAGUGUAACAUGCUAUAGUGCUUUUUAAGCACUAGGCAUACAUUAUGAUUAGGAAUUAAGAAUAAAGUGUAAUCCGCAAUGGUACUCUAAAGCACAAGUUGCAAUGGCUAUUGGAAUCGUGGGGACAUGAGAAAGAGUUGUUACGGUUGGUUUUAGUGUUUGCAGUAGCAAAUAGUGUAUUUUACGGUAUUAAUAUAGUUUUAUCCUUUUGUUAUGUUUCAAGACAAUUUGUUACAUAUAUAAAGGCUAUGUGACCAAGGUUCGGCUGCAUGUGUCCACCAUGGAUAGUUUUUAAUUGCCCGAACAGUUCAUGUACUUGUACCACUCUGCAGUUAACUUCUAAUUGCUCAUAAAUUACCGAUCUUUGGUUUUGCCAUGUAUGUAAGGCGUGAACUAAUAAGCAUCACAUGGUACACCUUUAGCAAGAAUAGUGUGGCUGCAUUACUGCAGGCUUAAGAAUUCUUUCAAAUUCUUUUUUUGAUAGUUGAAUCUCUUUCAAAUUCUUGUUAAGUUUUGACCCCACUUAACUUUGCAAUAAUACUGCUCCUGCAUCCUCCUUGACAGUGCAUUAUACUACUUGGUCCUGUGGGUGGUUUACUCAGACCUCUUCAUCGUUAAUUGCCACCCAAAACUCCCACUUGACAAGAUCUUUAUUUCUCUAUUAUUCCUUUUUAUAAGAUGACAGUAGAAGACCUGUGUACUCUUUAAUCUAAGCAACAUGGAUAACUUUUGGAGCCCUUUAGCCACUAGCUGAAGGUAGGGCAAACUAAAAGUUCUUGAAUUCGGCCUAGCACCACAUUCCAAUUAGCUAAAGCUGCGGUGAAUUUUCAAAUUCAAACAUCUUGUAUAUAUGUGGAUCUUAGGAUGCUCGUGCAAUGCUGGGCUACGCAAUAGGCGUCUAAUAUCUUGUAAAGCACUAAUAUGGACGACACAAUGAAGAAAAUCCAGGAAAACUUAAUUGAGAUUGAGAUUGAAGCUGAAAAUUUCCUAUUAGCGCGGCAGCAGAUGGUAGAAAAUGAUAGAGUGAGAAAUGGGAAUAGGGAAGCAUUGACAGCUCUCAGAAAAAGGGCUCGAACAACAAAGACAAGUGUGCCUUCACCUUUUGAGUCAAUAAUGAAGGAGAUUGAGGGAAUGGGAUCGAAGCCUUUAGUGAAGGAGGUAUGUGCUACCUGUGGCAAUCAUGACUCCACAGAAAAGACAUGGAUGAUGUUUCCCGGAACUGAUAUAUUUUCCAGGAUCCCAUUUCAUGCUGCUCACACCAUCUUAGAGAAAGGUUGUGCAACACAUUGCUACACAUAUGUCUACUCCUAUGUUACUCGGACUCUUCAUCUUGCCUUGAAGUACCCGUGUCGGACACUCGACAUCCGGACAUGGACACUUGGACUCGGACACUUAUUUUUAGGCCAAAAACAUGGACAUUUUUCAAAAUAUUACCGAGUCCGACACAUGGACAUGUAUCCAUGUCGGACACUUCUAGCCAAGUCCGAGUAACACAGAUCAAGGCAGACUUGACUAUGAUGCAAAUAAGCUACAAAGUUUUGUGAAGGAGAAGAUGUUUUAUAUAAGUGAGAAAGGUGCCCUUGCUGACAAGAUCAGCCCAGGUGUUCUCAGAUCCAUAGUGACCUUAAAAGACG